AUGAACGGUACAGAAGAGACGAGGUCGCCCGCCGCGGCCUUGUCCUCCGCGUUGCCGCUCUCGUCGUCGUCGUCGUCGCAGGCGCUCGCCGCUCGCAAACGAUUGACGCCCGCGCUCAGCACGACCACCCUCGACGCCACGUCCAACAAGAAACCCCGCCUCGACUCGGCGCUCACUUCCAACGUCCAGGACGAUGACGAGGACAAGUCGGAACAGGAGAUGCAGCUCGAGGUCAGUUCAUCACUUCUUCCUAGUCCGCGAAGGCUUCGGAGGGGCGUCGUGGCGAAUGCGUUGGAGAGCACACUCGACUGCACUCCCCUCCCUCCCACAGACUCCAGCCAUGAACAGUUGAGCGCCCCUUUUCUGACCUACGCGAUUCUGUGAUCACGUGUAGAGCUUUCGCAAGCAGGCCAUCUGGCGCGAGAUGCGAGAAUAUCGACGCCGGUUCGAGCACGCGCAACGCCAGGUGGAACAGUUGACGCUCCAAAACGCUCGUACCCAAGCUCGUUUGGCCGCAGUCGAUGCGAGUUGGAACUUGGUCAGUCUGAACAAACGAGGUGACGUUGAUGGACGUGCUACUGACCACAGACUGCUGUCGCUAACUGUCAGCUCGUGAGGGAGGCCGAUCUUCUGCUGCCUUCGACUUCGACCGCUUCGAACGGUCACUCUUCGAAUGCUGGUACGUCUUUACAUCGCACUCAUUCAAAAUACGCCGUAGAUCCUAAGCCCACACGGAGUAUUCUCACAGCUCUCACACCCGCCGUCUCGGAUCGAUCCUUGACCGAAGAGCAACUCGACGAGGCGCUCGCACUCCGCUCGGCCGCGACCAAAGCCCUGCUAGGGCGAUUGCAGACUUUGCAUCCUUCCAACGCCUCCACAUCUGAUGAAAAGGUGGCAGAUCUUGAGAAUCAAUGCCGUGAAUUACUCAAAGAGGUACGCUGAUGCCGAGUCGACCCUGGCGUUCGGUACUUGUGGGGCUCGGGAGCUGACAUUCAAAUCUCGAUUUCACCACUCAGGCGACCCGCUCGCAAGAAGCUCUUCGACUGCUCCGACAACAACACGAGCAAGUCGUUGAACAGGUCGAAGAUACGCAAAAGCGACUCGCUCGCGCCGAGAAGAAGUUCGACCGUGCGCAAUCGAGCACCGUCACCGCCGUCGAGGGACGAAGUGGACCCACCAAGGGGACCGCUUCCGGAUCGUCAUCCCCUAAAAUCGGCGCCAACCCCAAUGGAAUUGAUCCCCAUGGACCGAAUAGCAUCAAGGCCGACUCCGCCGCCGCCGCUCGACCAGCCUCACCUCUGGGUCCGCGCCCCACCGUCAUCGAUCCCGAACUCCUGGAGGAGCUGCAUCAGUUGCGCUCGAUUGGACAGAUGCGCGCGCAAGAGCUUGACGAACUUCGAGGGGAGAGGGUUCGCCUUCGAUCCGAGGUCGAUGCUUUGAAGACCCGACUCGUCGAACUGCCGGAAGAUGUCGUAUCCGAAUCGACGCCUUUUAAACUGAUGCAAAACUACGUGCAGCAUCUGACGGUCGAGAUCGAGCUCCGCCGUGGCGAGCUCGAAAAGCUCGUUGCUGAAGUCGAGGUGCUACGUGAGGGGCAACAGGGGUUUAAGGCCAAGACGUUCAAAGAAGCGAACGAGCAAGUCGAAGAUUUGCAGAAGCGCAUGCUGGCCAAGGAGCAAGACCUAUCGAGGAUCCGAGCGCAGCGAGAGGACCUGCGAGCCGAGGCGAGCGAACUCAAAGCGAGGGAUACGGAAAAGUUCACAAGCGUCAAUGACCUUAACGUCUUGGUCAAGUCGAGGGAGGACCGCAUCACGGCCUUGCUGUCCGAGGUCAGGAGGCUCAAGAUGGUCAAGGCGGCGAGCGAGGGGGAUGCCAAGCGUGUCGAGAUGCAUGCCGCCGCUGACGAAGAGGAUCUCGUCAAGGAUCUGUCCUCGCGGAUCGAAAAGGCCGAGGCUUUGCUGCUUGCGCUGAGAGACCAAUUGCACUCGUACGCUGCUGCGGCCGGAGCCACUGCGAACGGUGCGAUCGACGCCUCAACGAUUGUUCAAUCCGAGAUGGAUGCACGCAAGGAACUGAGCGAGGCCAAGGCCCAGCUCGCGAAGUUUGAACCGUUCUUCGGUCCGGGCCCGGAAUACUCGUCGGAAGCUGUGGCACGGAAGAUAACGGCAGCGACGGAGAGACUUGCGGUUGCCGAAGCGCAAGUCCAGAGCAACGAGCUCGCUACGAAUAUGCUCUACAGCGAGAUCGAUCGGUUGUCGGCCGCGUGGUCCACGUUGGAUGAGCAGCAGUCAUCCAAGGCGGCGCAGUUGCAUGCGCUUGAGGAGAAGGUCCAUCGCUCGGCGACCGAGAAGACCAAAGCGGACAACCGGUACUUUCAGACGAUGCGACAAAAGGAGGCGCUUGUCGCCGAAAACGCCGUCCUAACUAAGCUCGCGGACAAGCAGAACCGAGCCCUCGAAGCGGGUGAGGAGGCUCGACACGCGCUCGGUGAUCGAUUGGCCGCGACCGAGAAGGAGAUCACACUGCACCAGCGCAACCUUCGCUUGCAUCAGGAUCAACUUGCGCUGCUCAAACGGGAGAAUGUCGACUUGACGCUUAAGCACGACCAGCAGGUGAAGGUCGUUGCCGAGUUGCAAGCCUUGCUGAACGAGCGUGUUGCCCAGGCCGAACACGAAAACGCGGGCAAGCGACGAGCCGAGGAGUCCGUCCAAAGGCUCGAACGGGACCUCGCUACGGCCAAAGCCACAGUCAAGACUCAGUUGUUGACCGGUGGAGGCGCCGGCUCUUCCAAGGAUGAAUCCACCCAAUUGCGCGAGCUCAAGAGCUUCAAUGACGACCUGUCCAAGAUGCUCAAGUGUUCGACGUGCAACUUGCGCUUCAAGAGCGUCAUCAUUGACCGAUGCCACCACCUGUUUUGCAAGGACUGCAUCGAUGCGCGUCUGUCGAACCGGCAACGCAAGUGCCCGACAUGCGGAGCGGCUUUCGGCAAGGACGAUGUUUCGACCGUCUACUUCUGA